GAGUUCAUCCGCCACAUGCUGCCGAGUAGUUGGACGGUUGGGAUUUCAGUCAACACUUGACGUCCGCUGGAGUCAGACGUUUUCCCGCGGAAAGCCAUUUCCACCGAAUCCGAAUGGUACGUUCCUGCUGAGUGUGGUUGGUCGAUUGUGUCGGCUUAGCGGUUUCAUUAUAACAUGUAAAUAAUAAAACUAAUGUCAGACGUUCGGAUGUGGUGGAUAUUUUAUUAUCGCCAGGUGCUUGAACAGAUUACAAGAGAUUAAUGGAAUGAGAACAUCCGUCUAGAAGCAUUCAAAGUUCGUGGGAUGAUGUUGAUCUUGUGGCUGCAGGAGCAAAUGGAUUUUUUUUUAUAUUUUUCCGCAGUUGGUGAUAUUGGAAACGACGAGCCGUAUAUCAUUGGAUAAUUGAAGUAUUAGGAUUUACCUGACCAGUGAACUGGCGUGUGAUUUAUUGUGUUGAAGAUGGAAUUGGAUAGCAGUUAGGUGAAGAAAGCUUAAGUGAGUUGCGACCAUGAAACGUGCGAUGGAUUAAUAAAGCGGAGAGCUAUGCCCAAGGGUCGAGGCAAUUUCUUUUGAUACGCUAUUUUUAAACUCUGAUGAAAAAAGUUUGAUUCGUGAAUUUCGUUCAAAAUUCCUUGUAAACAAAUCGAGAGUGAAAAUCGUUACAGCUGGAUAACAUUAAUUUGAACAACAAAGCGGCUCCAGUGUCGGUUUGAGGAAGUAAUGGGAAAUGAUUUCACAGCGCCACAUUGCAAAUCGUGCGGUUAAUUGACGGUGAAGAAAUCAUCGCUGGCUUAAACGAGGCGUUCAAUCUCGUUCUUGGCGGGGCGGCUUUGUUGAGUAAAAAACGAAGAAAGGAAAGCGAUUACUGAGUGUGGCAUGAUUUCGAACCUGCAGUCUUGAAGCGUAAUAGAAAGGGACGUAUCCAUACAUACGACACUUGCCGACAGAUGCAAUCUAAACCACUGUACUGUUAGUGAAUACUGUAGAAUGAAGCAAAAGAAGGCUGCAGCAUAAGAGGCAAAAAGAGACAAUAAUGUAAUUGAAUUCAACGAGCAAACUCUAGUGCUGAUGCUUAUGGUACAACAGCGCCACCAUGUUGGAGGAAAAAAUGAACGUGACAGAAAUAGGUCAGCUAGUGAUGAACGAUUCCGAGGCAUCCAGUGGGGGCACGGCCGAAAACUCUACAGUUCGCGAACUUCUUUAUUGUGGGCAAGGACUGGACGACUUCCACACAAGCUACUCCAACAUCCACGGAAUCGUGUGUCUUCUGGUGUGUAUAUUCGGCAGCAUCGCGAACACCCUGAAUAUCGUAGUGCUUACAAGGCGAGAAAUGCGUUCGCCCACCAAUGCUAUUCUCACUGGUUUGGCCAUCGCCGAUCUGCUUGUAAUGCUAGACUACAUGCCGUACGCAAUCUACAUGAGCCCAUAUAUGCAAUUUUCAAGGGAGGAAAGACUGACCUACAGUUGGAGUUGGUAUGUCAUGUUUCACUCAAUAUUUGCACAGAUUUGUCAUACCAUCUCAAUAUGGUUAACGGUGACACUGGCCGUGUGGCGUUAUAUUGCGGUCGCAUAUCCGCAGAAAAAUCGCAUAUGGUGUGGUAUGACCAACACAUUACUAGCAAUCACAAGUUCCUACAUAGUGUGUCCCAUGGUGGGCAUUCCACUGUACCUGUCAUUCAGCAUAAAACCACAUGUUGAACAGCUCGGAAGUGAUGGUAAUCCCUACAAAUUGAGUACAAAUGGAAGUACAGCUCGGAAUAUCACUCUCUACCGAACGUCUCCCUCUGAACUUGCGGAAAACAACCCGGCAUUGCUGAAUGUAAAUUUCUGGAUUUAUAGCGUAGUGAUAAAAUUGAUUCCAUGUAUAGCGUUGACGAUACUGAGCCUUCGUUUAAUAGCUGCCUUGCUGGAAGCAAAACGUCGCCGGAAACAGCUAACGGGCAACUCGAAAGGCAUGAAACAAAUCGUCGACGGACGAGUCGUUGAUGUGCAGCAAAAGAAAAGCUCCAAAAACAUGGAUAAGGAAAAGCAAACAGAUCGCACAACUCGGAUGCUGUUGGCCGUGCUGCUUCUAUUUCUCAUAACAGAGUUCCCACAGGGCAUCCUGGGGCUACUAAGUGCACUGUUAGGGAAGCACUUUUUCUACAACUGCUAUUUGAAACUAGGAGACCUGAUGGACGUGCUGGCCUUGAUAAAUUCUGCCAUUAACUUUAUUCUGUACUGCUCGAUGAGUCGCCAAUUUCGAAAUACUUUUAAUUACCUGUUCCGUCCAAAAUUUCUCGACAAGUGGCUUCCGGUGCCCCAGAACGAUGACGGAACUCCAGGAGGCCGCCGGAACCAAGAAGGAGCAACUACGCAAAUCACUCAAGUCUAGCAAUCGAGGGGACGUCCUAAUUGCCGCCAUUGUUGUUCUAUGCUGAUAUCCAGGGUGUUCAGUUGGCUCGUAUUCGGUAAUCGGCGCUCCGAAACAGCCUCAACAGAGUGUGCGGUGCUUUAGUGACGUCUCCUGGCAACCAACCAUAACGACGGUAUUCCAACUUCCAACUGUGGCUUCACCAGUACAAAUCACAGAAUUAUGACAACAUACGUAAAUCAUGAGAUUGACUUCAAUUAAACCAUAACAUCCAAAGGAGCUACAAAUAUGCAAAAAAUCAACAUUUUAAAGUUCUUUGUAGUUUUUCCUUAGUUAUUUAUUGUUUUUCUAAUGCAUUCAUUUAUUUUUCAUUAAUCAAUUAGGCAAUUAGUUUUUUUAAUUCACACUGCUGUUCACAAAUUUUUACAACGAAUUUUUAUAAUAAAUAUAGCAUAUGUUAUUGCUUAAAACUUUAUUUCAUGAGAUGUUACAUAUUGGUAAACUAUUUAUGUCACUGUUAGCUACUUUAUUGAUGCAGUUGUUAGUUAAAUAAAGCCUAUGCAAUGGAUUUUCGAGCCCAGAUCAUUGCAGCAGGUGUAUUGAAAUUGGAUUUCAGUAUUACAGUUAACUCUCCUAAGCUCGGUAUUCUUAGACUGGAUUCCGGCUACUUUGAAUAGUUUUAUAUACUUAUUUCAAAAACUUAUUUUUAUAAAACUCGAAAACUUUAAAACGAUUGCUAAUGUCAUUUUGACUUAUGGAGAAUUUACUGUACACAGUUUCACAAACUAUUGACAAACUUUUGGAGCAGAAUAAUGUUUUAAAUACUCCAAUGCGUACAUAUAAGGUAAAUCGUGCCGUUGUUGCGCUUCCACCUUCCCUGGUCGUAAUCAUUGUAAAACUGUGAUUUAAAUUAUUAAGUUCUUCGAUUUCAUUAGUAUUCAUAUCAAAACAAAAUAUCCUACUUUUACAUUUGUCAAGCAAGCCUUUUGAAUUAUUGAUACAAGUUUACUAGGAAUUCUAAAAUUAUGCCGUCUUCGAAUAAAAUUCUUCCUUUCGCAUGAAGUAGAGAAUCGACUCAUACCAAAACCUCUUACCAAUGAAGAAAUCGAAAUGUAUGUAAUAAGUUUACCAAACUGCAUUCUAGACGUUAUGUUGAUAAAAUAAUUGUUGCAUUAAUCGAGAAGUAUUUCCUGUUGGUUCAACGCAAAUUAUUUUCAAUAAAAAAGAAUUCAAAAGAGAAA